CCUAUUUUAGCCAAAUGUUCCGUUCAUUGGUUUUCAGACCAUGGUUGGUGGGAAAUCACUCAUGGGGACAGAAUAUUCUUUCCCCGUUCUCUCUGACUGGCAGCCAAACUGGAGACUUUUACGCAACCACGAAGGAUUCUCCUGUGAAUCGCAGUUUCCCCCCUCUGUUUUGGAGAACUUUCCCUGAGUUUUCUGUCCUCCCAAGUAUCAGUACCUGUACCUGUAAGUACAGUAAUUUACCUGUGAAUCUUUUGUGCCGUGAGACAAUGAUGAAUCGGACUUGCGUCCUGCUGCUGGCUGUGAUGUUACUGUGGGGCGACUAUUGCUGGGGAUCAAAAGUUAGUAAGGUGUCCAGAAAGAUGCCGCGGCCACGUCCAUGCUUGGAUAUUCCAGAGGAAAUUCUUGAACAGAUGUUUGGGAGACUUUCGGUGGGAGUCUUUAGCGCCUUUCAUCACACACUGCAGCUUGCAUCAGUUGAGCGACUGAAUAUGACAUGUCCCUCUGGUCGUCGCUUGACAGCGGACAGAAAGUCGCGCAUUCCUGUGAAUCUAUUAAGUAUUUCUCCUUGGGCAUACAGGGUCUCCCACGACCCAGCGAGGUACCCACGUUACAUCCCAGAGGCUUACUGCUUGUGUAAAGGAUGCUUGAACGGUCCUUUCGGCCAGGAGAGCGAGCGCUACCGCAGUACUCCGGUCUACAUGCCGUCCGUGAUCUUGCGUCGCACGGGCUCGUGCAUUGGUGGCCGUCACUCCUACACGGAGAGCUACAUCUCGGUCCCGGUUGGGUGCACGUGCGUACCGUUGCUGGAAAAAGAUAGGCAAGCACCGAGGACCAACCAAAGUCUGGACAGCACUAAAGUAAAGCCAGGCCAGAAGACGUUCCAUACCAACCCCAUUCGGAAGAACAACUAAAGAAUGUAUGAAGACCCUAUUCACGUGCCACAUUAAGACCAUCAGAACUAUAUUUUUACUGAAAUGUGAGAUUCCUGCUUUUGGGUCUGUCCAGUGGUGAUAUACAGUGACACCUGUUGAUCAAAAA